UUCAUUUCUCUCUCCCUCUCUCUUUGCGACCCCUUCAUCUCUUCAGUGACCAAAGAAGAGAAGAGACAUAGAUUGAUGCAAUAAGCAUUGGGAGUGAUCACAUUAAAGUGUUAAAUGUCCUGUGGAAUAGGGUCUCUGCUUGUUCUUGCGGGUCUGUGUUUCUUGAUCUUCUGGAUUCAUCACAACUCUGUGGCCUCACAGACCACAGGCCUCUCAGGGAUUGUGGUUGUUGGGAGUGUGUUCAUUAAUGGGUCAACUUCCAUUGCUGGCAUUGAUGAUGACUUCAUUUGUGCCACCUUGGAUUAUGGCCCUCCUGAUGUUUGCUACCAUGGCACUUGCUGGGGCAAUGCCACUCUCUUCACUCUGGACCUCAGCAAUCCAAUUUUGUUGAAUGCAAUCAAAGCAUUUUCGCCGUUAAAAAUCAGAAUGGGAGGCACCUUACAAGAUAAAUUGAUAUACCAUGUACAAGGAGAUGAGGGACCCUGCAAACACCAGUCGAUCAAUAAUUCGGACUUUCUCGGUUUCUCUCAAGGAUGCCUGCCCAUGUCUAGGUGGGACGAGCUUAAUGCAUUUUUCAAGCGUGCGGGGGCUAUUGUCACUUUUGGUUUGAAUGCCUUAUAUGGAAGGACUGUGCAAUCAGAUGGAUCUGUCCAAGGACCUUGGAAUUCAAGCAAUGCUGAGAUCCUUUUGCGAUACACCGUGAAUAAAGGCUAUAACAUCCUUGGAUGGGAGCUUGGAAAUGAACUUAGUGGGGAAGGAAUUGGAGCAAGAGUCUCGGCACAACAAUAUGCAUCCGACAUUGAGACCCUCCAGAACCUAUUGGAUGAUAUCUAUGGAGGUUUUGAAGUUAAGCCGCUAAUCUUAGCACCAGGUGGAUUCUUUGAUGCCAACUGGUUCAAGGAUUUUGUGGAUCACACAACACAAACGCUCCAAGUGGUCACCCACCACGUUUACAGCCUCGGCGCAGGAGCCGAUGAUAACCUCAUUAGUAGGAUUCUGGAUCCGUCCUAUCUCAAUGGCAUUGCUCAGACUUUCAGCAGUCUUGAAAGCAUCCUCAAGAACUCUGGAACCUCAGCAGUUGCAUGGGUUGGAGAAGCAGGUGGGGCUUAUAAUAGUGGUCAUCACCUUGUCACUGAUGCAUUUGUGUCUAGUUUUUGGUAUUUGGACCAACUUGCAAUGGCAGCGACUUACAAUACCAAAACAUACUGCAGACAGACAUUGAUUGGCGGGGGCUAUGGUUUACUCAACUCCAGCACAUUUCAACCAAACCCAGACUACUACAGUGCUCUUCUUUGGCACCGCUUGAUGGGAAACAAUGUCCUAUUCACCAACUUUACCGGCACAAACAAACUCCGUGCUUACUCUCAUUGUUCAAAGAAUUCAACUGGCGUCACAUUGUUGUUGAUCAAUCUUGACGGAAACACCCCAGCACAAGUGCAUGUUUCCACUGAAGACAUUGCAGGAAACGGGACAUUAAUUUUGCAACCACAAAUCCGUUCCAGUAAAAAUAAAUUUUCCAGCAUUUCAAAGGGGUCGAUAUUCGAUGAAAACAUUAGAGAAGAGUACCACUUGACAGCUAAAGACAGAGACUUGCAAAGCCAAGUCACCCUUCUCAAUGGGAAAAUUCUUAGGGUUGAUUCUUCUGGGAACAUUCCUGCCCUAAAUCCUAUAAAAGUGAGCAUGUCAGAUCCCAUUCUGGUGGCUUCAUUCUCUGUUGUAUUUGCUCGGUUUCCUAGCAUGAAUGUCACAGCUUGCAGAUAGUUCAAGACACACACACACACACACACACACACACA